UUUCAUCGCCCCCCCAGUUACCUCUUUUUGCUGUCUGCUCUUCGCUUCUCAGCCUAACAUUCCUCGCUGCUGAUUCAUUUCUUGCUGCUUUUUCGCUUCUCCAUUUGCUUUCUACACACCCUACCUUCAGCUGGCCUGUCUUGCGCGAAUCGACAAACAAACUUCCUAUUUCACGGAGGUCUCGUUGUCAGCAAGCAACCAGCCCCACCGCUCCCCACUACCUCUUAUAGGCCUUGUUUGAGCUUUGACAUCGUUUUCUAAGUUUCUAUAUUUUCCCCUUGUCUAAAGCUAUGUCCCUUCAACAAACCUACUCGAGGUUUCUUGCCUCUCCUUCAGCAGAGGCUCUUUCCGCUUCGCCUUCGAUGCAUUACAUUACCACUCUUAUCACACUUAACUCUGCGGAGACGAUUAUGAAGUACCUCAAACGUGAGCCAAACCUUCUUAAGAAGCGUAUGGAAAAGGUCCUUUCGGCUGUUGAAACGUCUGAUCGCUUGGUUCUUGAGGUCGAGACCGAGCUGGAGUUGAUCAAGAAUGGUGGAAACUAUCUCCCGGCAAUGGAUGAUAAUUUCUUGGCUGAUCAGGUUGUCGUAUUUCCAAUUGUUCAUUUCGUACAUUUUGAAAACGGGCUUAUCAAACAAAUCCGCAUUCAUUGGGACCAGUCCAAUGUUCUCAAACAACUUGGAGUUAUUGGUCGUAAUGGGAGGAACUGGCCUGUUAAAGACGGUCGUGAGCAAUGCAGGCUCAUUGCGACCUCGAUGUCUGGUAUUCCAGCCUCCGUACCGUCCUCAUCAAACAGCAACGGCAAUGGUAUUCAGACCACACGAAGCAGAGGUGGUUCAAACAGUAGCAAGAUUGAUCAUCCUACUCGCGAUCCCCAUGCUAGUCUUGCUCUCUUCACCCCACAUGAAUCUGAUGAUGAACGCGAGACGGUUGAUCAUCCUAAAGUCUCCCCCCGUAGUUCUGCAAAGCCCCCUUCCCGUGAUCUUGGGGAUAUCCUUGCCGGAGCGCACUCUCAUGAUACUGGCCCGCUUCCACCAAAAGCCCGUAGCAGUUUCACCCCUGGCAGAACAUUUGAGAUUGGUAAUGGCGAAUCAGUUGAGAGCUACCCGGUUCAAAAGAAGAUUGAGCGCAAAGUUACUGUUGACUCGAAAAAGUAUGAACACUUUGAGUUUUCCGAUGAGCCUGUGGCAUCUGCUCCCUCUGCCGGAACACCUUUCUCCAAACGCAGUCAGCAUGGGUCUUCUUGGGCAUUUGAGGAUUUCGUUACCCCAGAGAAGAAACCUCUGAAGAUCCGCAAGGACGAUGUGAGACACUUUGGGUGGACCGAAGAAGACGGGCAACCAGAAACCCAGCCUAUCAGAAACAAUAAGAACUUUGGUUCCCGGUCUCGCCAGAAUACCGAAACCCACUUCACGAUCAAAGAUGAAGAUACCCCGGAGCCACACUCAAAGGUUUCCGCCGCCCCUAUUCCGGAUAAGCGUGGCAAUGUCUCCCAAUUUGAAAUCGCCGACAAUUCUCCUGCAGGAAGCCAUGCAGCAAGACAAAAAGAGCCUACUGCUAGCCGAAAGGCUGCUGUGAGACAGAUGAAUGCUCAUUGGGGCGAACAUGAGAGCCCCGACGAGGAUGAUGGUGAUUUCUUUGCCGGAUUCGGUGGUGAGGCCAAGCCUAUGGGAAUCAGAAUCGCCGGUGAUGGAAUGGGUAUCAGGAAGAGCACUGGGAGGAGCUGGGCAUACGAUGAACAAACUUCCGAGAAGCCUCAAGAAUCUACUAUCAGAAUUGCUGGUGACGGUAUUGGUACGGCAAAGGCCGUUGGCAGACAGUGGCAAUAUGAUGACCCUAACGCAGAGCGCAGGGGGAGGCGAUAGGCUCCAAAGCCAACCGGGACCACUUGUUUAGGGUGCUGAGGAGUUGAGGCGAUUCUUUCUAAUGUCUGUUGAAAUGCUUUAACGGCCAUCGCAGUGUCAAAAAUAGCGAAGAUAUUGCCCUGGUGGUUUUCAUUUUUCAUUUUUUUUUUUUCCACUGAGUUUUAGUGGCGGUGCUCGACUCUGGGGAGUCUUUUGUUUUCGGGGGACUCCCGGUCAUCAAUUGUCACUUACACCUGUAUUGUUAUAUCAUACCCUUUCCUUGACCCCGUGUUAUAUUCCCCUUUUCGAUUUUGGAUUUUUCCUCCUUUCUCGGGCCAGAGAGCCAGGCCAAUCGCUCAUCAAAAAACAAAAAUUUCUCGUUUCACUCAUUGUCACAGUAUUUUUUCCUUUUAUUUUGCCCAGAGAGGUUCACCCCUUAUAGUCAGUUCAAAUGGUGAGGAGUUUCUGUAGUUGGGU